AUGGGUUUGGCACAAGUACUGUAUGGUACAUACAUCAUUACUCUGCUUAAAUAUCCCAUUUACCUGCUCUACAUUUUACACUUUGUCACUGCCACUGGGCAGAGAACGCUCCACAUCUGCUACCUGAAGACACCUGAGGUUAUAAACAACACAAUGGACUGGCGGGUUAUACUGGCUAUUUUUUGUCUGAUUGCAACAAGAGCCGCAGAAGUUAAUCAGACUGAAACAACCAACUCCACAAUAAACAUAUCCCCGAGCACAUCUACAGACAACUCAACAACAAACUCGUCUUCCACCCCGAGCACGUCUACAGACAACUCAACAACAAACUCGUCAUCCACCCCAGGCACAUCUACAGACAACUCAACAAACUCGUCUUCCACAUCAAGCACGUCUACAGACAACUCAACAACAAACUCGUCUACCACCCAGAGCACGUCUACAGACAACUCAACAACAAACUCGUCUUCCACCCCGAGCACGUCUACAGACAACUCAACAACAAACUCGUCAUCCACCCCGAGCACGUCUACAGACAACUCAACAACAAACUCGUCAUCCACCCCAGGCACAUCUACAGACAACUCAACAAACUCGUCUUCCACACCAAGCACGUCUACAGACAACUCAACAACAAACUCGUCUUCCACACCGAGCACGUCUACAGACAACUCAACAACAAACUCGUCAUCCACCCCAGGCACAUCUACAGACAACUCAACAAACUCGUCUUCCACACCAAGCACGUCUACAGACAACUCAACAACAAACUCGUCUUCCACCCCGAGCACGUCUACAGACAACUCAACAAACUCGUCUUCCACACCAAGCACGUCUACAGACAACUCAACAAACUCGUCUUCCACACCAAGCACGUCUACAGACAACUCAACAACAAACUCGUCUUCCACACCAAGCACGUCUACAGACAACUCAACAACAAACUCGUCUUCCACCCCGAGCACGUCUACAGACAACUCAACAAACUCGUCUUCCACCACGAGCACAUCUACAGACAACUCAACAACAAACUCGUCUUCCACCCCGAGCACGUCUACAGACAACUCAACAACAAACUCGUCAUCCACCCCAGGCACAUCUACAGACAACUCAACAAACUCAUCUUCCACCCCGAGCACGUCUACAGACAACUCAACAACAAACUCGUCAUCCACCCCAGGCACAUCUACAGACAACUCAACAAACUCGUCUUCCACAUCAAGCACGUCUACAGACAACUCAACAACAAACUCGUCAUCCACCCCAGGCACAUCUACAGACAACUCAACAAACUCAUCUUCCACCCAGAGCACGUCUACAGACAACUCAACAACAAACUCGUCAUCCACCCCGAGCACGUCUACAGACAACUCAACAACAAACUCGUCAUCCACCCCAGGCACAUCUACAGACAACUCAACAAACUCGUCUUCCACACCAAGCACGUCUACAGACAACUCAACAACAAACUCGUCUUCCACACCAAGCACGUCUACAGACAACUCAACAACAAACUCGUCUUCCACACCAAGCACGUCUACAGACAACUCAACAAACUCGUCUUCCACCACGAGCACAUCUACAGACAACUCAACAAACUCGUCUUCCACCACGAGCACGUCUACAGACAACUCAACAAACUCGUCUUCCACCACGAGCACAUCUACAGACAACUCAACAAACUCGUCUUCCACACUAAGCACGUCUACAGACAACUCAACAACAAACUCGUCUUCCACACCGAGCACGUCUACAGACAACUCAACAACAAACUCGUCUUCCACAUCGAGCACAUCUACAGACAACUCAACAACAAACUCGUCUAACACAUCAAGCACGUCUACAGACAACUCAACAAACUCAUCUUCCACAUCGAGCACGUCUACAGACAACUCAACAACAAACUCGUCAUCCACCCCGAGCACGUCUACAGACAACUCAACAAACUCAUCUUCCACAUCGAGCACGUCUACAGACAACUCAACAACAAACUCGUCAUCCACCCCGAGCACGUCUACAGACAACUCAACAAACUCAUCUUCCACAUCGAGCACGUCUACAGACAACUCAACAACAAACUCGUCAUCCACCCCAAGCACGUCUACAGACAACUCAACAAACUCAUCUUCCACAUCGAGCACGUCUACAGACAACUCAACAACAAACUCGUCUAACACAUCAAGCACGUCUACAGACAACUCAACAACAAACUCGUCAUCCACCCCGAGCACGUCUACAGACAACUCAACAACAAACUCGUCAUCCACCCCGAGCACGUCUACAGACAACUCAACAACAGACUCGUCUUCCACCCCGAGCAUGUCUACAGACAACUCAACAACAAACUCAUCUUCCACAUCGAGCACAUCUACAGACAACUCAACAACAAACUCGUCUUCCACCCCGAGCACGUCUACAGACAACUCAACAAACUCGUCUUCCACCCCGAGCACGUCUACAGACACCUCAACAACAAACUCGUCUUCCACCCCGAGCACGUCUACAGACAACUCAACAAACUCGUCUUCCACCCCGAGCACGUCUACAGACACCUCAACAACAAACUCGUCUUCCACCCCGAGCACGUCUACAGACAACUCAACAAACUCGUCUUCUACCCCGAGCACGUCUACAGACAACUCAACAACAAACUCGUCUUCCACCCCGAGCACGUCUACAGACAACUCAACAACAAACUCGUCUUCCACAUCAAGCACAUCUACAGACAACUCAACAACAAACUCGUCUUCCACAUCGAGCACGUCUACAGACAACUCGACAAACUCGUCUUCCACAUCGAGCACGUCUACAGACAACUCAACAAACUCGUCUUCCACAUCGAGCACGUCUACAGACAACUCAACAAACUCGUCUUCCACCCCGAGCACGUCUACAAACAACUCAACAAACUCGUCUUCCACCUCGAGCACGUCUACAGACAACUCAACAACAAACUCGUCUUCCACCCCGAGCACGUCUACAGACAACUCAGCAACAAACUCGUCUUCCACAUCGAGCACGUCUACAGACAACUCAACAACAAACUCGUCUUCCACCCCGAGCACGUCUACAGACAACUCAACAAACUCGUCUUCCACAUCGAGCACGUCUACAGACAACUCAACAACAAACUCGUCUUCCACAUCGAGCACGUCUACAGACAACUCAACAACAAACUCGUCUUCCACAUCGAGCACGUCUACAGACAACUCAACAAACUCGUCUUCCACAUCGAGCACGUCUACAGACAACUCUGUAUCUGCUCCAGUAACUGCAGAAUUUAGCUUGGUCUUCAGCCUCAAUGAAAUCUUUGUUUCAGAACUGGCCAAUAACUCUUCACCAGAGUUUGCGGCAAAAUCUCUUGAAAUCCGUAAUAAGAUUGAACCAAUUUACAGACAAGAUUUCAACAAUUUCAUCCAGAUGAUCAUUCACAGUUUAAUGAAUGGUUCAAUUGUGACGAAUUCCAGCCUUCAAUUUGGUGCCAACGACACCAUCCCAUCUAAUUCUACAAUACAAGAAACACUUGUAAAUGAAACUAAAUCCAACUCAAACUUGAACAUUAAUCCAGAAUCUAUAAAUGUCAGCCAGCUUCCUGUGAGCGAUUCGUCAACGACCCCGAUUACAUCCACAAAUGACUCAUUGAUAAACACAUCUUCAACCCCGAGCACAUCUACAGACAACUCAACAACAAACUCGUCUUCCACCCCGAGCACGUCUACAGACAACUCAACAACAAACUCGUCUUCCACACCGAGCACGUCUACAGACAACUCAACAACAAACUCGUCUUCCACCCCAAGCACGUCUACAGACAACUCAACAACAAACUCGUCUUCCACAUCAAGCACAUCUACAGACAACUCAACAACAAACUCGUCUUCCACCCCGAGCACGUCUACAGACAACUCAACAACAAACUCGUCUUCCACCCUGAGCACGUCUACAGACAACUCAACAACAAACUCGUCUUCCACAUCGAGCACAUCUACAGACAACUCAACAACAAACUCGUCUUCCACCCCGAGCACGUCUACAGACAACUCAACAACAAACUCGUCUUCCACAUCGAGCACGUCUACAGACAACUCAACAACAAACUCGUCUUCCACCCCGAGCACGUCUACAGACAACUCAACAACAAACUCGUCUUCCACCCCGAGCACGUCUACAGACAACUCAACAACAAACUCGUCUUCCACAUCAAGCACGUCUACAGACAACUCAACAACAAACUCGUCUUCCACCCCGAGCACGUCUACAGACAACUCAACGACAAACUCGUCUUCCACCCCGAGCACAUCUACAGACAACUCAACAACAAACUCGUCUUCCACCCCAAGCACGUCUACAGACAACUCAACAACAAACUCGUCUUCCACAUCAAGCACAUCUACAGACAACUCAACAACAAACUCGUCUUCCACCCCGAGCACGUCUACAGACAACUCAACAACAAACUCGUCUUCCACAUCGAGCACAUAUACAGACAACUCAACAACAAACUCGUCUUCCACCCCGAGCACGUCUACAGACAACUCAACAACAAACUCGUCUUCCACAUCGAGCACGUCUACAGACAACUCAACAACAAACUCGUCUUCCACCCCGAGCACGUCUACAGACAACUCAACAACAAACUCGUCUUCCACAUCGAGCACAUCUACAGACAACUCAACAACAAACUCGUCUUCCACCCCGAGCACGUCUACAGACAACUCAACAACAAACUCGUCUUCCACAUCGAGCACGUCUACAGACAACUCAACAACAAACUCGUCUUCCACCCCGAGCACGUCUACAGACAACUCAACAACAAACUCGUCUUCCACCCCGAGCACGUCUACAGACAACUCAACAACAAACUCGUCUUCCACCCCGAGCACGUCUACAGACAACUCAACAACAAACUCGUCUUCCACCCCGAGCACGUCUACAGACAACUCAACAAACUCGUCUUCCACAUCAAGCACGUCUACAGACAACUCAACAACAAACUCGUCUUCCACCCCGAGCACGUCUACAGACAACUCAGCAACAAACUCGUCUUCCACCCCAAGCACGUCUACAGACAACUCAACAACAAACUCGUCUUCCACCCCGAGCACGUCUACAGACAACUCAGCAACAAACUCGUCUUCCACCCCGAGCACGUCUACAGACAACUCAACAAACUCGUCUUCCACCUCGAGCACGUCUACAGACAACUCAACAACAAACUCGUCUUCCACCCCGAGCACGUCUACAGACAACUCAACAAACUCGUCUUCCACAUCAAGCACGUCUACAGACAACUCAACAACAAACUCGUCUUCCACCCCGAGCACGUCUACAGACAACUCAACAAACUCGUCUUCCACAUCAAGCACGUCUACAGACAACUCAACAACAAACUCGUCUUCCACCCCGAGCACGUCUACAGACAACUCAACAACAAACUCGUCUUCCACAUCGAGCACAUCUACAGACAACUCAACAACAAACUCGUCUUCCACCCCGAGCACGUCUACAGACAACUCAACAACAAACUCGUCUUCCACAUCGAGCACGUCUACAGACAACUCAACAACAAACUCGUCUUCCACCCCGAGCACGUCUACAGACAACUCAACAACAAACUCGUCUUCCACCCCGAGCACGUCUACAGACAACUCAACAACAAACUCGUCUUCCACCCCGAGCACGUCUACAGACAACUCAACAACAAACUCGUCUUCCACCCCGAGCACGUCUACAGACAACUCAACAAACUCGUCUUCCACAUCAAGCACGUCUACAGACAACUCAACAACAAACUCGUCUUCCACCCCGAGCACGUCUACAGACAACUCAGCAACAAACUCGUCUUCCACCCCAAGCACGUCUACAGACAACUCAACAACAAACUCGUCUUCCACCCCAAGCACGUCUACAGACAACUCAGCAACAAACUCGUCUUCCACCCCGAGCACGUCUACAGACAACUCAGCAACAAACUCGUCUUCCACCCCGAGCACGUCUACAGACAACUCAACAAACUCGUCUUCCACCUCGAGCACGUCUACAGACAACUCAACAACAAACUCGUCUUCCACCCCGAGCACGUCUACAGACAACUCAACAAACUCGUCUUCCACAUCAAGCACGUCUACAGACAACUCAACAACAAACUCGUCUUCCACCCCGAGCACGUCUACAGACAACUCAACAAACUCGUCUUCCACAUCAAGCACGUCUACAGACAACUCAACAACAAACUCGUCUUCCACAUCGAGCACGUCUACAGACAACUCAACAAACUCGUCUUCCACAUCGAGCACGUCUACAGACAACUCUGUAUCUGCUCCAGUAACUGCAGAAUUUAGCUUGGUCUUCAGCCUCAAUGAAAUCUUUGUUUCAGAACUGGCCAAUAACUCUUCACCAGAGUUUGCGGCAAAAUCUCUUGAAAUCCGUAAUAAGAUUGAACCAAUUUACAGACAAGAUUUCAACAAUUUCAUCCAGAUGAUCAUUCACAGUUUAAUGAAUGGUUCAAUUGUGACGAAUUCCAGCCUUCAAUUUGGUGCCAACGACACCAUCCCAUCUAAUUCUACAAUACAAGAAACACUUGUAAAUGAAACUAAAUCCAACUCAAACUUGAACAUUAAUCCAGAAUCUAUAAAUGUCAGCCAGCUUCCUGUGAGCGAUUCGUCAACGACCCCGAUUACAUCCACAAACGACUCAUUGAUAAACACAUCUUCAACCCCGAGCACAUCUACAGACAACUCAACAACAAACUCGUCUUCCACCCCGAGCACGUCUACAGACAACUCAACAACAAACUCGUCUUCCACCCCGAGCACGUCUACAGACAACUCAACAACAAACUCGUCUUCCACCCCGAGCACGUCUACAGACAACUCAACAACAAACUCGUCUUCCACCCCGAGCACGUCUACAGACAACUCAACAACAAACUCGUCUUCCACCCCGAGCACGUCUACAGACAACUCAACAACAAACUCGUCUUCCACCCCGAGCACGUCUACAGACAACUCAACAACAAACUCGUCUUCCACCCCGAGCACGUCUACAGACAACUCAACAACAAACUCGUCUUCCACCCCGAGCACGUCUACAGACAACUCAACAACAAACUCGUCUAACACAUCAAGCACGUCUACAGACAACUCAACAACAAACUCGUCUUCCACCCCGAGCACGUCUACAGACAACUCAACAACAAACUCGUCUUCCACACCGAGCACGUCUACAGACAACUCAACAACAAACUCGUCUUCCACCCCGAGCACGUCUACAGACAACUCAACAACAAACUCGUCUUCCACCCCGAGCACGUCUACAGACAACUCAACAACAAACUCGUCUUCCACCCCGAGCACGUCUACAGACAACUCAACAACAAACUCGUCUUCCACCCCGAGCACGUCUACAGACAACUCAACAACAAACUCGUCUUCCACCCCGAGCACGUCUACAGACAACUCAACAACAAACUCGUCAUCCACCCCGAGCACGUCUACAGACAACUCAACAACAAACUCGUCUAACACAUCAAGCACGUCUACAGACAACUCAACAACAAACUCAUCUUCUACCCCGAGCACGUCUACAGACAACUCUACAACGAACUCGUCUUCCACCCCGAGCACAUCUACAGACAACUCAACAACAAACUCGUCUUCCACAUCAAGCACAUCUACAGACAACUCAACAACAAACUCGUCUUCCACCCCGAGCACGUCUACAGACAACUCAACAAACUCGUCUUCCACAUCAAGCACGUCUACAGACAACUCAACAACAAACUCGUCUUCCACCCCGAGCACGUCUACAGACAACUCAACAACAAACUCGUCAUCCACAUCGAGCACAUCUACAGACAACUCAACAACAAACUCGUCUUCCACCCCGAGCACGUCUACAGACAACUCAGCAACAAACUCGUCUUCCACCCCGAGCACGUCUACAGACAACUCAACAAACUCGUCUUCCACCUCGAGCACGUCUACAGACAACUCAACAACAAACUCGUCUUCCACCCCGAGCACGUCUACAGACAACUCAACAAACUCGUCUUCCACAUCAAGCACGUCUACAGACAACUCAACAACAAACUCGUCUUCCACCCCGAGCACGUCUACAGACAACUCAGCAACAAACUCGUCUUCCACCUCGAGCACAUCUACAGACAACUCAACAACAAACUCGUCUUCCACCCCGAGCACGUCUACAGACAACUCAACAACAAACUCGUCUUCCACCCCGAGCACGUCUACAGACAACUCAACAACAAACUCGUCUUCCACCCCGAGCACGUCUACAGACAACUCAACAAACUCGUCUUCCACCUCGAGCACGUCUACAGACAACUCAACAACAAACUCGUCUUCCACAUCGAGCACGUCUACAGACAACUCAACAAACUCGUCUUCCACAUCGAGCACGUCUACAGACAACUCUGUAUCUGCUCCAGUAACUGCAGAAUUUAGCUUGGUCUUCAGCCUCAAUGAAAUCUUUGUUUCAGAACUGGCCAAUAACUCUUCACCAGAGUUUGCGGCAAAAUCUCUUGAAAUCCGUAAUAAGAUUGAACCAAUUUACAGACAAGAUUUCAACAAUUUCAUCCAGAUGAUCAUUCACAGUUUAAUGAAUGGUUCAAUUGUGACGAAUUCCAGCCUUCAAUUUGGUGCCAACGACACCAUCCCAUCUAAUUCUACAAUACAAGAAACACUUGUAAAUGAAACUAAAUCCAACUCAAACUUGAACAUUAAUCCAGAAUCUAUAAAUGUCAGCCAGCUUCCUGUGAGCGAUUCGUCAACGACCCCGAUUACAUCCACAAACGACUCAUUGAUAAACACAUCUUCAACCCCGAGCACAUCUACAGACAACUCAACAACAAGCUCGUCUUCCACCCCGAGCACGUCUACAGACAACUCAACAACAAACUCGUCUUCCACCCAGAGCACGUCUACAGACAACUCAACAACAAACUCGUCAUCCACCCCGAGCACGUCUACAGACAACUCAACAACAAACUCGUCAUCCACCCCAGGCACAUCUACAGACAACUCAACAAACUCGUCUUCCACACUAAGCACGUCUACAGACAACUCAACAACAAACUCGUCUUCCACACCGAGCACGUCUACAGACAACUCAACAACAAACUCGUCUUCCACAUCGAGCACAUCUACAGACAACUCAACAACAAACUCGUCUAACACAUCAAGCACGUCUACAAACAACUCAACAAACUCAUCUUCCACAUCGAGCACGUCUACAGACAACUCUACAACAAACUCGUCUUCCACAUCGAGCACAUCUACAGACAACUCAACAACAAACUCGUCUAACACAUCAAGCACGUCUACAGACAACUCAACAAACUCAUCUUCCACAUCGAGCACGUCUACAGACAACUCAACAACAAACUCGUCAUCCACCCCGAGCACGUCUACAGACAACUCAACAACAAACUCGUCUUCCACCCCGAGCACGUCUACAGACAACUCAACAACAAACUCGUCUUCCACAUCGAGCACAUCUACAGACAACUCAACAACAAACUCGUCUAACACAUCAAGCACGUCUACAGACAACUCAACAACAAACUCGUCAUCCACCCCGAGCACAUCUACAGACAACUCAACAACAAACUCGUCUUCCACCCCGAGCACGUCUACAGACAACUCAACAACAAACUCGUCUUCCACAUCGAGCACAUCUACAGACAACUCAACAACAAACUCGUCUUCCACCCCGAGCACGUCUACAGACAACUCAACAAACUCGUCUUCCACCCCGAGCACGUCUACAGACACCUCAACAACAAACUCGUCUUCCACCCCGAGCACGUCUACAGACAACUCAACAACAAACUCGUCUUCCACCCCGAGCACGUCUACAGACAACUCAACAAACUCGUCUUCUACCCCGAGCACGUCUACAGACAACUCAACAACAAACUCGUCUUCCACAUCAAGCACAUCUACAGACAACUCAACAACAAACUCGUCUUCCACAUCGAGCACGUCUACAGACAACUCGACAAACUCGUCUUCCACAUCGAGCACGUCUACAGACAACUCAACAAACUCGUCUUCCACAUCGAGCACGUCUACAGACAACUCAACAAACUCGUCUUCCACACCAAGCACGUCUACAGACAACUCAACAAACUCGUCUUCCACCUCGAGCACGUCUACAGACAACUCAACAACAAACUCGUCUUCCACCCCGAGCACGUCUACAGACAACUCAACAAACUCGUCUUCCACAUCAAGCACGUCUACAGACAACUCAACAACAAACUCGUCUUCCACCCCGAGCACGUCUACAGACAACUCAGCAACAAACUCGUCUUCCACCUCGAGCACGUCUACAGACAACUCAACAACAAACUCGUCUUCCACCCCGAGCACGUCUACAGACAACUCAACAACAAACUCGUCUUCCACCCCGAGCACGUCUACAGACAACUCAACAACAAACUCGUCUUCCACAUCGAGCACGUCUACAGACAACUCAACAAACUCGUCUUCCACAUCGAGCACGUCUACAGACAACUCUGUAUCUGCUCCAGUAACUGCAGAAUUUAGCUUGGUCUUCAGCCUCAAUGAAAUCUUUGUUUCAGAACUGGCCAAUAACUCUUCACCAGAGUUUGCGGCAAAAUCUCUUGAAAUCCGUAAUAAGAUUGAACCAAUUUACAGACAAGAUUUCAACAAUUUCAUCCAGAUGAUCAUUCACAGUUUAAUGAAUGGUUCAAUUGUGACGAAUUCCAGCCUUCAAUUUGGUGCCAACGACACCAUCCCAUCUAAUUCUACAAUACAAGAAACACUUGUAAAUGAAACUAAAUCCAACUCAAACUUGAACAUUAAUCCAGAAUCUAUAAAUGUCAGCCAGCUUCCUGUGAGCGAUUCAUCAACGACCCCGAUUACAUCCACAAACGACUCAUUGAUAAACACAUCUUCAACCCCGAGCACAUCUACAGACAACUCAACAACAAGCUCGUCUUCCACCCCGAGCACGUCUACAGACAACUCAACAACAAACUCGUCUUCCACACCGAGCACGUCUACAGACAACUCAACAACAAACUCGUCUUCCAUAUCAAGCACGUCUACAGACAACUCAACAACAAACUCGUCUUCCACAUCAAGCACGUCUACAGACAACUCAACAACAAACUCGUCUUCCACCCCGAGCACGUGUACAGACAACUCAACAACAAACUCGUCUUCCACCCCGAGCAUGUCUACAGACAACUCAACAACAAACUCGUCUUCCACCCCGAGCACGUCUACAGACAACUCAACAACAAACUCGUCUUCCACACCGAGCACGUCUACAGACAACUCAACAACAAACUCGUCUAACACAUCAAGCACAUCUACAGACAACUUAACAACAAACUCGUCUUCCACCCCGAGCACGUCUACAGACAACUCAACAACAAACUCGUCUUCCACCCCGAGCACGUCUACAGACAACUCAACAACAAACUCGUCUUCCACCCCGAGCAUGUCUACAGACAACUCAACAACAAACUCGUCUUCCACCCCGAGCACGUCUACAGACAACUCAACAACAAACUCGUCUUCCACCCCGAGCACGUCUACAGACAACUCAACAACAAACUCGUCUUCCACCCCGAGCACGUCUACAGACAACUCAACAACAAACUCGUCUAACACAUCAAGCACAUCUACAGACAACUCAACAACAAACUCGUCUUCCACCCCGAGCACGUCUACAGACAACUCAACAACAAACUCGUCUUCCACCCCGAGCACGUCUACAGACAACUCAACAACAAACUCGUCUUCCACCCCGAGCAUGUCUACAGACAACUCAACAACAAACUCGUCUUCCACCCCGAGCACGUCUACAGACAACUCAACAACAAACUCGUCUUCCACCCCGAGCACGUCUACAGACAACUCAACAACAAACUCGUCAUCCACCCCGAGCACGUCUACAGACAACUCAACAACAAACUCGUCUUCCACCCCGAGCACGUCUACAGACAACUCAACAACAAACUCGUCUUCCACCCCGAGCACGUCUACAGACAACUCAACAACAAACUCGUCUUCCACCCCGAGCACGUCUACAGACAACUCAACAACAAACUCGUCAUCCACCCCGAGCACGUCUACAGACAACUCAACAACAAACUCGUCUAACACAUCAAGCACGUCUACAGACAACUCAACAACAAACUCGUCUAACACAUCAAGCACGUCUACAGACAACUCAACAACAAACUCGUCUAACACAUCAAGCACGUCUACAGACAACUCAACAACAAACUCAUCUUCUACCCCGAGCACGUCUACAGACAACUCUACAACGAACUCGUCUUCCACCCCGAGCACGUCUACAGACAACUCAACAACAAACUCGUCUAACACAUCAAGCACGUCUACAGACAACUCUACAACGAACUCGUCUUCCACCCCGAGCACGUCUACAGACAACUCAACAACAAACUCGUCUUCCACAUCAAGCACAUCUACAGACAACUCAACAACAAACUCGUCUUCCACAUCAAGCACAUCUACAGACAACUCAACAACAAACUCGUCUUCCACCCCGAGCACGUCUACAGACAACUCAACAACAAACUCGUCUUCCACCCCGAGCACGUCUACAGACAACUCAACAACAAACUCGUCUUCCACAUCAAGCACAUCUACAGACAACUCAACAACAAACUCGUCUUCCACCCCGAGCACGUCCACAAACAGCUCGAUGACAAACACUUCCACAUCGAGCACGUCUACAGACAACUCAACAACAAACUCGUCAUCCACCCCGAGCACGUCUACAGACAACUCAACAACAAACUCGUCAUCCACCCCGAGCACAUCUACAGACAACUCAACAACAAACUCGUCUUCCACCCCGAGCACGUCUACAGACAACUCAACAACAAACUCGUCAUCCACCCCGAGCACGUCUACAGACAACUCAACAACAAACUCGUCUUCCACCCCGAGCACGUCUACAGACAACUCAACAACAAACUCGUCUUCCACCCCAAGCACGUCUUCAGACAACUCAACAACAAACUCGUCUUCCACAUCGAGCACGUCUACAGACAACUCAACAACAAACUCGUCUUCCACCUCGAGCACGUCCACAAACAGCUCGACGACAAACACUUCCACCCCGAGCACGUCUACAGACAGCUCAACAACAAACUCGUCUUCCACCCCGAGCACGUCUACAGACAACUCAACAACAAACUCGUCUUCCACCCCGAGCACGUCUACAGACAACUCAACAACAAACUCGUCUUCCACCCCAAGCACGUCUACAGACAACUCAACAACAAACUCGUCUUCCACCCCGAGCACGUCCACAAACAGCUCGACGACAAACACUUCCACCCCGAGCACGUCUACAGACAACUCAACAACAAACUCGUCUUCCACCCCGAGCACGUCUACAGACAACUCACCAACAAACUCGUCUUCCACCCCGAGCACGUCUACAGACAACUCAACAACAAACUCGUCUUCCACCCCAAGCACGUCUACAGACAACUCAACAACAAACUCGUCUUCCACAUCAAGCACAUCUACAGACAACUCAACAACAAACUCGUCUUCUACCCCGAGCACAUCCACAACCAGCCCUACGACAAACACCGCAGUAUUCAGCUUGCUCUUUAAAACCAAUGAAAUCUUUGAACCAGCACUGGCUGAUAACACCUCUCCAGAAUUUUUAGCCAAAGCCACAUCCAUCCGAAAUCAGGUUGAACCAAUUUACAGAAAAAACUUCAAAAAUUUCAUCCAGAUGAUCAUUCACAGUUUCGCGAAUGGUUCAAUUGUGACAAAUUCAAGCCUUCAAUUUGGUUCCAAUGAAACCAUCCCAAAUAAUUCUACAGUACAAGAAAUCCUUGUUAAUGAGACUAAAUCCAACACAAGCUUGAACAUUAUUUCAAGUUCUAUAAAUGUCACGCAGGAUCCUGUGACCAACAACGCUACAACAAACACGACCCCAAGCACAUCCACAAACAGCUCAGAGACAAACACAUCCACCCCGAGCACGUCCACAAACAGCUCGACGACAAACACUUCCACCCCGAGCACAUCCACAAACAGCUCGACAACAAACACUUCCACCCCGAGCACGUCCACAAACAGCUCGACGACGAACACUUCCACCCCGAGCACGUCCACAAACAGCUCGACGACAAACACUUCCACCCCGAGCACGUCCACAAACAGCUCGACGACAAACACUUCCACCCCGAGCACAUCCACAAACAGCUCGACAACAAACACUUCCACCCCGAGCACGUCCACAAACAGCUCGACGACAAACACUUCCACAUCCACAAACAGCUCCACGACAAACACUUCCACCCCGAGCACAUCCACAAACAGCUCAGAGACAAACACAUCCACCCCGAGCACGUCCACAAACAGCUCGACGACAAACACUUCCACCCCGAGCACGUCCACAAACAGCUCGACGACAAACACUUCCACCCCGAGCACGUCCACAAACAGCUCGACGACAAACACUUCCACCCCGAGCACGUCCACAAACAGCUCGACGACAAACACUUCCACCCCGAGCACAUCCACAAACAGCUCGACAACAAACACUUCCACCCCGAGCACGUCCACAAACAGCUCGACGACAAACACUUCCACAUCCACAAACAGCUCCACGACAAACACUUCCACCCCGAGCACAUCCACAAACAGCUCAGAGACAAACACAUCCACCCCGAGCACGUCCACAAACAGCUCGACGACAAACACUUCCACCCCGAGCACAUCCACAAACAGCUCCACGACAAACACUUCCACCCCGAGCACGUCCACAAACAGCUCGGCGACAAACUCUUCCACAUCCACAAACAGCUCGACAACAAACACUUCCACCCCGAGCACGUCCACAAACAGCUCGACGACAAACACUUCCACCCUGAGCACGUCCACAAACAGCUCCACGACAAACACUUCCACCCCGAGCACGUCCACAAACAGCUCGACGACAAACACUUCCACCCCGAGCACGUCCACAAACAGCUCGACGACAAACACUUCCACAUCCACAAAUAGCUCGGCGACAAACAGCUCAAUGACAAACACUUCCACCCCGAGCACGUCCACAAACAGCUCGACGACAAACACUUCCACCCCGAGCACAUCCACAAACAGCUCGGCGACAAACACUUCCACCCCGAGCACGUCCACAAACAGCUCGGCGACAAACUCUUCCACAUCCACAAACAGCUCGACGACCAACACUUCCACCCCGAGCACGUCCACAAACAGCUCGACGACAAACACUUCCACCCCGAGCACGUCCACAAACAGCUCGACGACAAACACUUCCACCCCGAGCACGUCCACAAACAGCUCGGCGACAAACUCUUCCACAUCCACAAACAGCUCGACGACAAACACUUCCACCCCGAGCACGUCCACAAACAGCUCGACGACAAACACUUCCACCCCGAGCACGUCCACAAACAGCUCGACGACCAACACUUCCACCCCGAGCACGUCCACAAACAGCUCGACGACAAACACUUCCACCCCGAGCACGUCCACAAACAGCUCGACGACAAACACUUCCACCCCGAGCACGUCCACAAACAGCUCCACGACAAACACUUCCACCCCGAGCACGUCCACAAACAGCUCGACGACCAACACUUCCACCCCGAGCACGUCCACAAACAGCUCGACAACAAACACUUCCACCCCAAGCACGUCCACAAACAGCUCGGCGACAAACUCUUCCACAUCCACAAAUAGCUCGGCGACAAACAGCUCCACGACAAACACUUCCACCCCGAGCACGUCCACAAACAGCUCGACGACCAACACUUCCACCCCGAGCACGUCCACAAACAGCUCGACAACAAACACUUCCACCCCGAGCACGUCCACAAACAGCUCGGCGACAAACACUUCCACCCCGAGCACAUCCACAAACAGCUCGACAACAAACACUUCCACCCCGAGCACAUCCACAAACAGCUCGACGACAAACACUUCCACCCCGAGCACGUCCACAAACAGCUCGGCGACAAACUCUUCCACAUCCACAAAUAGCUCGGCGACAAACAGCUCAACGACAAACACUUCCACCCCGAGCACGUCCACAAACAGCUCGACGACAAACACUUCCACCCCGAGCACGUCCACAAACAGCUCGGCGACAAACAGCUCAACGACAAACACUUCCACCCCGAGCACGUCCACAAACAGCUCAAUGACAAACACUUCCACCCCGAGCACAUCCACAACCAGCCCUACGACAAACACCGCAGCAUUCAUCUUGCUCUUUAGAAUCAAUGAAACCUUUGUUCCAGCACUGGCCAAUAACACCUCUCCAGAAUUUGCAGCCAAAGCCACAUCCAUCCGAAAUCAGGUUGAACCAAUUUACAGAAAAAACUUCAAAAACUUCAUCCAGAUGAUCAUUCACAGUUUCGCGAAUGGUUCAAUUGUGACAAAUUCCAGCCUUCAAUUUGGUUCCAAUGAAACCAUCCCAAAUAAUUCUACAGUACAAGAAAUCCUUGUUAAUGAGACUAAAUCCAACACAAGCUUGAACAUUAUUUCAAGUUCUAUAAAUGUCACGCAGGAUCCUGUGACCAACAACGCUACAACAAACACGACCCCAAGCACAUCCACAAACAGCUCAACGACAAACACUUCCACCCCGAGCACGUCCACAAACAGCUCGACGACAAACACUUCCACCCCGAGUACUUCUACAAACAGCUCGACGACAAACACUUCCACCCCGAGCACGUCCACGAACAGCUCGACGACAAACACUUCCACCCCGAGCACGUCCACAAACAGCUCGACGACAAACACUUCCACAUCCACAAACAGCUCAACGUCAAACUCUUCCACCCCGAGCACGUCCACAAACAGCUCAACGUCAAACUCUUCCACCCCGAGCACGUCCACGAACAGCUCAACGUCAAACUCUUCCACCCCGAGCACGUCCACGAACAGCUCAACGUCAAACACUUCCACCCCGAGCACGUCCACGAACAGUUCGACGACAAACACAACUUCGACCACAAGUGCACCUACAACCAGCUCGACGACAAACAUUCCUCCAGCACCACAAAAUGCAACACAAAUUUUCAACUUGACUUUCAGCAUCAAUGAAACCUUUGAUUCAGCCCUGGCCAGUAACAGCUCCCCACAGUUUGGAGCAAAGGCUGCAAAUAUCCGUAGUCAGGUUGAACCAUUGUACAAGAAAACCUUUAAAAACUUCAUUCUAAUGCAAAUUCUACGAUUUAAGAAUGGGUCUAUUAUUACAGAGAGCAAGCUUUAUAUGGAUCCUAGUGGUUCAAAUGUUACUGCAACCCAAGUGAAAGACGUCUUGCUCAAUGGAAUCUCGAACGGCAACUUGACCUUUCAGAUUGACCGAGGCUCGAUUAAUGUCACAGAGAUUGGGAAUUCAACACCACCAGUGAUUGCCAGCUCAGUCUCCAUGAUUUGCAUGUCUCUUCUAUCACUUCUACUUUCUUUGGCAUUGCAUUUCUAGCUCUAGACCUGAUCAGAAAACAUACACAAAUAACCUACAUGUAUUUAUACAUUUAAUAAUUUAUAAUUUAAAGAUAAUA